AUGCGCGGAAAGGUCAUACUGGAGGAAGCAUUUGCCUUGCCUCGGCUGGAGGAAAAGACUAAGUGGUGGGCAGGCUUGUUCAGCACAGAUGUUGAAAAACAUACUCGUGAAAUACAGGACUUGACAGACAUUCGACUCAAAUAUGCAGAUCAGCACGGAGUCGGAUAUACAAUACUUUCGUAUACUGCGCCCGGUGUUCAAGACAUUUUCGAACCCCAAGAAGCACAGGCUCUUGCCAUGGAAAUUAACGAUUAUGUCGCAGAAGAGAUAAAGCCUUUUCCUGAUCGUCUUGGUGCUUUCGCGACCCUUUCCAUGCAUAAUCCCAAGGAGGCGGCGGAUGAAUUACGACGGACGGUGACCAAGUAUGGAUUCAAGGGUGCACUCGUCAAUGAUACCCAAAGAGCAGGAGCGGAUGGGGAGGAUUAUGUUUUCUACGAUCAACCCGAAUGGGAUGUCUUCUGGGAAACACUUGUCGAAUUGGAUGUACCGCUCUACUUGCACCCAAGAAAUCCAACUGGAGUAGUCUUCGAGAAACUUUGGAAGGAUCGCCAGUGGCUCAUCGGCCCACCUUUAUCUUUUGCUGUCGGCGUCAGCCUUCAUGCUCUUGGUCUCGUAACCAACGGAGUCUUCGAUCGUCACCCUAAAGCUCAGGUAAUUCUCGGACAUCUCGGCGAGCAUAUUCCAUUCGAUAUGUGGCGCAUCAACCACUGGUUCGAGGACCGCAAGAAGAAGCUUUCACCUGGGCUGGACUGUAAGAAGACAAUUCGCGAAUACUUCAACGAGAACUUCUGGGUGACGACAUCCGGGCACUUCUCGACUACAACUCUGAACUUUGUGAAGGAUGAAGUUAGCUCCGAUCGCAUUCUGUUCUCAGUGGACUAUCCAUUCGAGACGUUCGAGGAUGGAUGCAACUGGUUUGAUAAUGCCGAAAUGAACACAGGCGACCGGUUGAAGAUUGGUAGGGAGAACGCAAAGGGCUUGUUUAAGCUUGACAACUAUAGGGACUCCAGUGCAAAAGUAGUCUAG